ACUUGAAGAAUGGGUGUGCCGUUGUUUAACCGGUGGCUAGUCAGCAAAUAUCCCAAAAUAGUAGCUGACGCCGGUGGCGGCGGAGGUGAAGGGAUCGCGCCUGAGUUCGAUAAUCUAUACGUCGACAUGAAUGGACUUAUCCAUCCUUGCUUCCAUCCCGAAGAUCAUGUCAUCGAUCUCUAAACUUCAUCUUCAUUUCCUUUUCUUGAUGAUUAUUUUAAUAUUUAUUUUUAUUUGGUGUUCAGCCUUUUCCUCCGACGACUGUGGACGAGUUUUUUCGGAGCAUGCAGGAUUCCAUCGAUCGUCUCUUCGACAUCGUCAAACCGCGCAAACUGUUAUUCAUGGCCAUCGAUGGCGUAGCUCCAAGAGCCAAAAUGAAUCAACAAAGAUCUAGAAGAUUCCGCUCUACUAAGGAUGCUGAACUUGCUGAGGAGCUUGAAGAUCGUCUGAGAAAGCAGUUUGAAAACGAAGGCAGAGCUGUUUUGCCUAAGGAAGAAUCGGAGCUUUCUGAUUCGAAUGUGAUUACUCCCGGCACUCAAUUCAUGCACAUGCUCUCCAAGAAUCUGAGAAGCUACAUAAACCAGCGGUUGAACGAGAAUGCAGCAUGGAGAAACAUCAAGGUUAUCUUGUCUGAUGACAAGGCUCCGGGUGAGGGGGAGCAUAAGAUCAUGAGCUUCAUCAGAGCUCAAUGUGCUUCGUCUCAAUAUGAUCCUAACACGAAGCACUGUCUGUACGGUCUGGAUGCUGAUUUGAUCAUGCUUGCCUUAGCUACACACGAAGUGCACUUCUCGAUUCUCAGAGAGGACGUGCGGCCUCGGAGGCAGCAAUCGAGGUGUGAGCCUAUUGUCGAAUUGGAAGAUAAGUUUCAUGUUAAUGAACAACAAGCAUAUCAGUUUGUGAAUAUUUCUGUUUUGAGAGAAUACUUUGCAAUAGAUAUGGAAAUUCCUAGCUUCGACAAAUUUGAAUCUGAUCUUGAAAGAAUCAUCGAUGAUUUCAUCUUCAUCUGCUUCUUUGCCGGGAAUGAUUUUCUUCCUCCCAUUCCAAGCCUUCAAGUCCGCGAGGGAUGUAUCGAUCUACUGAUGGAUGUAUACAAGAAAGAAUUCAAAAAUCUCGGAGGUUACUUGGUGAACAUGGAGAAGGUCGAUGAUGAAAAAGGAGGAUACAUAAAGUUGAGUCGAGUGGAAAAAUUCAUACUCGCUGUUGGUGCACACGAGGAGAAAAUAUUCAGCAAAAGAGCUCAUUUGAGAGACAGAAAAUUGAAUCAAAUCCUUGCUGAGUACAGAGAUGCUAAAGAGGAUGGACAGAAGUGUCUAGAUGAAGGAACUUCAUCUCAAGUAUUAGGCAUGCACGGCAUUACUCGUAUUGAUAAAUUGAAGAUAUCUGCUCCGGCUGUAGAUGCUGAUACGGUUUUGGAAAAUACAAAGGAGUUGAAGCUAAAACUGAAAGACUUGCUAAGUAAUCAAUCCGAUUUGUUCAAAGAUGGCAAUUUUGGUACAGAUAAGGUGAGAUUUGGCGCCCCGGGUUGGAGAGAGCGCUACUACAAAGAAAAAUUAUGUGCUGAAAACCCGACAGAUAUGGAAUUAAUGAGAAAAUCUGUGGUUGCGAAGUAUGGUGAAGGACUUUGUUGGGUGCUGCUAUACUAUUUCUCAGAAGUCCCAUCUUGGAAAUGGUUUUACCCUUAUCAUUAUGGCCCAUGUACCUCCGACUUCAGAGGGCUCUCUGAGUUGAAGGUGAAGUUUGAGAAAGGUUUGCCCUUGAAGCCGUUUGAUCAGCUCAUGGCAGUACUCCCUCCGAGGAGUUCUCAUGCACUGCCUGUGGCUUACAAGGGGCUUAUGGUUGACAAAGAAUCCAAGAUUAUCGACUUCUAUCCCUUAGAUUUCGAGAUGGAUGUAGAGGGGAAGAGAUUUAUGCGGCAGGGUCUAUGCAAACUGCCAUUUAUAGACGAAGAGCGUCUUCUGGUGGAGACUAGGAAAGUUGAAAAUGAAGUGAAGGAUGAAGAGAGGACGAGGAAUGAGGAAACUCCUCAUCAACUGAUUCUAAGAUGUUGGAGCGAGUUGAGGCAACAGCUGUCGUGUUGCAGAGAGAGGAAGAACUCGGAGAAAAUCAAGGGAGCAAUCGCGAUGGAGAGUGAAAUUGAAGGGAUGAAUGGUACGUUGCACGUAAUGGCUGAGGAUCUGAUCGAAAAGAAAAGUGAAAACUCAAGAGAUGAUGAUAUACGCAUUUUCUACGAGAUCCCUCAAUGUUUCCAGAACGUUCCUCGACUCCUGGAAGGUGUAAACAUCCCCAAAAAGAGUGUGUGCAGAGACGAGAUGGAGGAAAGCAUAGUAUGGCAUGAGCACCACAGAAUAGGGCCAUGGCGCACCAAUCGCAACGCUGCUGCUCUGUUCAGGCCUUCUUAUCGCAAUCAGCAACCAGCAAGAACAUCCAGCAACAGACCUCACCACACCAAUUUCUGGUCGUCACGUGGUGGCAGUGCGAGCCAAGAUUGGAGGGUGCGUAAUCCGUGUGGAGAUGGUGGGGCGGGAGAGGUCUCCGGCCAAAGACAACAUACGUAUCGUGGUCAAGGCUGGCCUGCAACAAAAUCUUGA